AUGGGGUCCUGUGUCUGGCUGCACAGCCCUGUGCCUGCCAGCUUCACCAACCAACCAGUCCUUGUGUGCACCCACAUCUCAAGCCCACUGUGCAUGCGCAACCAUCCCAGUCCUUGGCUUUGCCCCUGGGCCUGUGUCUGCGGCUGCAACCAUCCCCAGCCCCUGUGUCUGCGGCUUGCCACCAUCUCCAAGCCUGUAAUCUUGCAGCACCCCACCAUCUCAAGCCCUGUCUUUACCCAUGUCUCAGCCCUGGGUCUGCGGCUUCCUGCAACCAUCCCAAGCCCUGUGCCUUUGGCUUUACCCCUGUCUCAAGCCUGUGUCUGCGGCUACCCUACAUCUCCAAGCCCUGUGUCUGCGGCUUUACCCACCAUCUCAAGCCCCACUGUGUCUGCGGCUGCCCCACCAUCCCAAGCCUGUGUGACUGCCAACCAUCCCAGGCCUGGAUUCUUGGCUUUGCCAACCAUCUCAAGCCCCUGGGUCUUGCAGCUCACCAACCAUCCCAAGCCCUGUGUCUGCAGCUUCUGCAUCCCCAAGCCCCACUGUGUGGGCACACCCACCAUCUCAAGCCCUGGGUCUGCAGCACCAGCCAUCCCAGCCCUGUGUGCAGCUUCUGCCAUCCCAAGCCCUGUGUCUGCAGCUUUACCAGCCAUCCCAAGCCCUGGGUCUGCAGCACCAGCCGCUCCAAGCCUGCCUGUGUCUGCAGCCUGCUUCAUGAGCCUGUUGUCUUGCAGCUUCCCACCAUCUCAGCCCUGUGUCUGCAGCUUUGCCCCACCAUAUCCCAAGCCUGUGAUGCUGCAGCACCAACUAUCCUGUGCCCUGGGAUGCAGCUUCACCAGCCAUCCCAAGCCUGGGUCUGCAGCUUCACUUGACUGUCCCAAGCCUCGGUCUGCAGCACCAACCAUCCCAAGCCCCUGUGUCUGCAGCUUCACCAGCCAUCCCAAGCCUGUGAUACUUGGCUUCACCAGGCCAUCCCAAGCCCUGUGUCUGCAGGCACUUCAUCCAAAGGCCUGUGCAGCUUCACCCAGCCAUCCCAAGCCCUGGCAAUGCUGCUCCACCAACCAUCCCAAGCCCUGUGUCUGCAGCUCCACCAGCCAUCCCAAGCCCUUGGUCUGCAGCUCCUGUCAUCCCAAGCCCUGGAUGCCGGCCACCAACCAUCCCAAGCCUGGAUUCUUGCAGCUUCACCAGCCAUCCCAAGCCCUGGGUCUGCAGCUUCACCAGCCAUCCCAAGCCCUGUGUCUGCGGCUUCACCCAACCAUCUCAAGCCUGUGUGCGGCUUCACUGUAG